CAGCUGGCGGCGACGCUUAUCGUCGGGCAAGUCCUGGUGGGCAUGGGCCUGACCGUUGGCCUGCACAGCAUCACCCUCAUCCAGGUGCCUCAGGACGAGGACCGCUUCAUGGACGAAGACCAGCUCAACUGGACCAUCGCGCUGACGGCCCUGGCAGCCUGGAUCGGCGCCUGCCUGGCCUUGCCCGUCGCCCCAGCGCUCGGGGCCAGGAGACUGCUGAUGCUGACGCAGCCCAUCCACGCGCUAGGCUCGCUCUCGGCCAGCCUUGGAAAGCACUUUGGCUGGGUGGUGUUGGGAAGGGGUCUCAUGUGCAUCUCGAUCGGGAUGUCAGAGGGCACCGCGCGGGCCUACGUGUCUGAGAUCGUGCCCCCAAACAGGCGCACACUGUACACGGCCCUCUUGAAUGGGAUCGUGUUUGCCAGCCAGGCGUUCAGCGUUGGCAUCGCUCGUUACGUGCACUGGCGGACCAUGUUCGCCAUCGCGGGCUUUGUUCCCCCUGUUGUAUGCCUAUCAGCGGUGUACUUCAUCCCCAACUCGCCCAAGUGGCUGCUGUCGCACGGACACCCGGAGGAGGAGGCCCUGCGCGCGGUCCAUUUCUUCCACGGAAAGGAUGCCGAUGCCGAAGCGGAAGUCCACAGCAUUCAAGCCUCCCUUAAGCAAACCCAUGUCGACGGCGUCUCCCUCCCCAUGCGCCAGCUGAUUCUGCGACGGGAGACGCUGUGGCCUUUGUUACUUAUCACGGUCGAACUGUUUAUGUACGUCUGGAGUGGCGGCAUGGCGAUCGCUGCCAUCCUACCGCUUGUCUUGAAUAGUGUGAACCUGCCUCUGGACGAGUACCAGAGGGCAGUGAUGCCGGCGGCUCUGUCUGCCAUAUUGUGCCUGCCGACCAGCUUCGUCAUCGAGCGUUUUGGCCGUUUGCCACUGCUGCGCGUCAGUGGCGCGAUCUCCGCGCUAGGAUGUACCGCGAUCGUCAGCUUUUCCUACUUGCCCGAGGCGCUGCAGCUGACGCAGGGCUGGCUAGCGCUGCUGGGCGCCGUGCUCUUGCAGCUCACAUUUUCGUGCAUUGUUUUGCCCAUCGCUUACACCUACGUUAACGAACUGCUCCCGAAUCGCACACGAACCUUGUGCGCCAAUGUCACAAUGGGCACAAUGUAUAUAGACCUCUUUAUUUUCUUCAAGGUGUUUCCCAUGCUCGUUAGUUCAAUUGGCCUCGGGGGUGUCUUCAUUAUCCAUCUAUUGGUUAGUGUUUCACAGAUUGUCUUCGCCACGUUUUGCCUUCCUGAAACGAAGGAUCUUUCGCUGGAACAGAUUCAGAAACUGUUUCAAACGACAAAGAGUACGUCGGGGACAGCAUCGAAUGCAGGCGAUGCCAAACGGGCCAGGCUGGUGAGCAGGAUCUCGCACUAA